CAGAGAGAGAUCAGUUUAGCUUUGGCAGCGAACGACAUAAGUUCCAAAAAGCAAAAUGUUGAAAGUGCGCAGCGGUCUAUCUAUAAUUCAGGCGCAAAAAGCGGCUCUCUCUGUCAGCUGUCCGCUGCGUUGGCAGACCACAGCAGCUGUAGCAGAGCCCAGAAAUGAUGCAGAGUGGCUACAAGCUCGUCCCUUUGAGCAGAUUCCCAGUGCAACUUUUCUGUCGACUGUUCGGAAUUUUAUGCCUGGAGGAAAAUAUAGCAAAUUGGACAUUGUGGAAUUGUUCAAGGCUUUGCAAGACGACUAUGGAAACAUAGUAUAUUUACCAGGUAUCAUGGGAGGCCCGUCAUUUCUGACGACUCACAAUCCCAAGGACUUCGAGGUCGUGUUCCGGAACGAGGGCGUAUGGCCCAAUCGACCUGGCAGCGAUACUCUUCGCUAUCAUCGGCAGACUCAUAGGAAGGAUUUCUUCCAGGGAGUCGAGGGAGUUAUACCUACACAAGGAAAAACCUGGAGCGACUUUCGAUCCACUGUAAAUCCUGUCCUCAUGCAGCCGAAGAACGUGCGGCUUUACUAUAAGAAGAUGUCCCAAGUGAACCAGGAGUUUGUGCAACGUAUUAAAACACUCCGUGACGUCGACACCCAGGAAGUUCCUGAUGAUUUCAUAAGCAUUAUAAACCGGUGGACCCUCGAGUCAGUCUCUGUGGUGGCUCUGGACAAGCAGUUGGGACUGCUCAAAGAGUCGGGCGAUAACGACCAGGCUGUGUUACUUUUCAAGCACCUGGACGAUUUUUUCGAGCUAUCAGCCGAUCUGGAGAUAAAGCCUUCCAUCUGGCGUUACGUUAAAACACCCAAGCUAAUGAAACUUAUGAAGGCACUGGACGGCGUUCAAGAAGUAACCUUAGCGUAUGUAGAUGAAGCUAUAGAGCGUCUAGAGAAGGAGGCCAAGGAAGGAGUUGUCCGCCCUGAGAGCGAGCAGAGUGUACUGCAAAAGCUACUCAAGGUCGACAAAAAGGUGGCGACGGUUAUGGCCAUGGACAUGCUAAUGGCCGGAGUGGAUACCACCUCAAGUACCUUUACAGCGUCCUUGCUGUGCCUUGCCAAGAAUCCGGAGAAGCAGGCCGUACUCCGAGAAGAGGUGAUGAAGGUUCUACCCGAGAAGGACUCCGAGUUCACUGAGGCAUCGAUGAAGAACGUUCCCUAUCUACGUGCCUGCAUCAAAGAGUCACAACGGAUCUAUCCUUUGGUCAUCGGAAAUAUCCGAGCUCUCAAUCGGGACAGUGUUUUAAGUGGAUACCAAGUGCCUGCUGGCACCUUUAUCUCGAUGGUUCCCACUUCUUUGCUCUCAAGCGAGGAGCACUUCCUCAAAGCUAAUGAGUUCCUGCCAGAACGUUGGAUGCGUAGCGCCACAGACUCCACCGGGGAAUGCCCAGCGAAUGACUUAAAGCUGAAGAAUCCGUUCGUGUUCUUGCCCUUCGGAUUUGGACCCCGGAUGUGCGUUGGAAAGCGCAUCGUGGACAUGGAGCUCGAGCUGGGCAUCGCUCGACUCAUUCGGAACUUCAGCAUCGAGUUUAAUUAUCCCACGGAGAAAGCUUUCCGCUCCUCCCUGAUCAGUUUGCCCAACAUACCGCUUAAGUUUAAGUUCACCGACUUGCCCAAUUGAAGCAUUGUUAUGCGCUACUUUGGUCUUGAAUUUCUUCCGAUUAUAUUGCUUGUGAUAAGAUAAGAUUUGCAGUCGUUUGAACUAGUUUUUGAAGUGUUUUGGUUGGAAAAAGAGGAGGUAAAACAGCAAGUCCAGGGCUGCAAUGAAUCCAAUUGUGAAGAGCCUUCCCAGAAAUGCCAGACCCGACCCUACCGAUGGCUAGCCAAAGGGGGAAUGAAACAAGCUGGUUGGUUUGUCUAUACAUUUAAAGCUAUUUCAUUUCCAGUUUAAUACACACUCAAAUAUAUUUAUGAUCUAUAUAUGUAGGUAGACAUUCUAGACACUCAAUACGGUAUAUGGUACAUUUGUGGUAAACAUUUUACAACAGUUUUACAGUUAAACAGCUCUUGGAUUCUGGUUAUACUCGUAAUGGAGGCAGGGUCACGUACUGCCAUCAAUUGGAUGUGGAUUCGCACGAUGCUCUUUUGGCCAAUUUCAACAAUAAAAUAGUUAGUUAGUUAGCUUUACUGGCCAAAUGCUUGUAGAGAGUAAA